AUGCGGCUCUCGGGCGUGGUGCGUAGCGCCUUCCUCGCCUUGAUCGUCCCUGCCGUCCUGUCGACACUCUGGCUCUAUCUCUACCCCGUCGCUCAAGACUGUCGCUUCCCAUGUCCCAAACACAAUGGCGUAGCACCCUUCCGACUCCUCGCUCUGGGCGACCCUCAACUGGAAGGAGAUACCUCUCUACCCGACCCUAAUGCGCCACUCUUCCCUGGGCUCAUAGGCCUGCGUCACCGUUUGUGGAUUGAGCCACUCGAUGCCGCAGCACGCACUUUGAAACGCACAGUCAAGGACAUUGUCACAAGAGACAUCCCACGCCUGAUACAGACGCAACGAAAGAGGCUGGAUCUCCUGGGUAACGACUACUACCUCGCACAUAUCUAUCGCACGACCAGAUGGUGGACCCAGCCGACCCACGUCUCUGUACUGGGUGAUUUACUCGGCAGCCAAUGGAUCACCAACGACGAGUUCGAUCGACGAGCCGACAGAUUCUGGAAUAGAGUCUUUGUUGGUGCCCAUGCAUGGAGACACGAUACCCACGGAGAAGAGCUUGGAGAUGGUCCCGAGUGGGAUUUUGUGGACAACAUGAACGCCAGCAAGGCUCCUGCACUGCUCAACGUGGCUGGCAACCAUGACAUUGGAUAUGCCGGUGAUAUUGACCACCACCGCAUCACUCGCUUCGAACGUGCCUUUGGUCAAGUCAACUGGCGCGUCAGGAUCCCCUUCUCAGACCUUACGCCGAACCUGACUACGGAACUGCACCUUGUAAAUCUCAAUUCAAUGAACCUGGACAACCCUGCUUGGAACCAAGACCUCCAUCGCGCAACACAUGAUUAUCUGGACAGUGUCAUUGACGACACAAAGACGCGAAGCUCUCAGGAUGCUGUCAUCCUGCUCACACAUGUACCUAUGUACAAGCCAGCCGGUGUCUGUGUUGAUCCUCCAUUCUUCAGCUACUUUGCACCCCAUCAUGGUGGUGGCAUUCGCGAACAGAACCAUCUCACACAGCAGUCAAGUGAUAAGAUAUUGGAUGGUCUAUUCGGAACCAAGCGUGCAGGCAUUGUGCUCAACGGUCAUGACCACGAGGGUUGUGAUACAUGGCAUGAUCGGGUCGAGGCCGAUGAGGGCCAGUGGAACUCGACCAGAUUCUCUAUGCUCAACACGACCGCGAACGGCAUCCGGGAGGUCACCGUUCGAAGCAUGAUGGGUGACUAUGGUGGAAACGCCGGUCUUCUCUCUGCAUGGUUCGACAUUGUUGAAAGCAAAUGGAAGUUCGAGUAUGCCACUUGUGCACUUGGUAAACAGCACAUUUGGUGGGCAAUACAUAUUGUUGAUCUUGUUGUUGUCAUACUAGCUAUCGCAAGCGGCCUACUGCAGCUCUUGGAUCUGGUCACGCUACAGAAACCUAUCCUGAGUACAGAGAAAAAGAACAAAUGA